AUGUCAUAUGGGUUUUGCAUUAAAAAGGCCUACUCAAAUGACUAUAAAGGGUGUAUUAGAUCCUUUCUUGAAGUUGUUAUGUCACCGUAUGGUUACCAAAUGUCUGUCGAAGUUAAUUUAUUGUUCAGGCAAGAACCCUAUGUUCCAAGAAGAAAAAGAAUCGUAUAUACACUAAUUGAAGGAUUAGAAGAGUUGACUGUUAAUGUUUUUUACUACACGUUCAAAGCAAUUGAAGCAAAAGAUCCAAAUGAGCAACACAAGUGGGUUUUAUACUGGACAGUUUAUGGAUCAUUUAGUGUUGGAGGGAUAUUUGCAGAUAGAUUCAUAUCCUGGUUUCCACUUUACUAUCACACGAAGCUUGCAUUUCUUGCAUGGCUUCAACUUCCCACCAUAAAUGGGCUAACCAGUUAUGCACUUUCUAGAGGAUUGCACAACUGUUUUGAGGACUUCUGGGAAAUCUUCACUUCUGGAUACUAA